AUGGCGGAUAACGACUCACCGGCUACCCCCGCACCGGAUGCAACACCUCCUGCUCCCCAGCAGCCCACGGAACCUCCGUCAGGACCUGCGCCCACAUCAUUGGCACUGACUCCGGUGGACCGAGACGACCUCCUCACUCAUGCGCGAUCCUUCCUCGCUGCCCCGCACAUCCGCGCCCAAGAUAACUCCGCAAAGCGCGCUUUUCUUGUAGAGAAGGGCCUCACCACUCCUGAGAUUGACAGACUCUUGAAUGAACUGCCCCCUGCAAUACCACCUCGGACAUAUCCCCGUCCACCCCCCUCGAAUCUUCCCAACCUCCUCAUUGGCGUGUCUCGCAUCGUGUCAUGGUUCUUUGGUACAUCAGCAGUUUUGGUCUUUAUCUACUAUCGCUACAUCCUUCCCCGCCUCACUCACUCUUACCAAGCGCGUCACUCCAUACAAUCUCACCAGACUGAUCUCCUCUCCCGCCUCAACUCCUCCCUCGCCGCUUACAAGUCCGUACAGGCCGAGUCAUUUGCUGAUCUUCCACGCAAACAGCCCGACGCAGAGGAAACAGACUGGGCGACUUGUCAAAACCUCGACGACAUCCUCGCAAAGGUAGAAUCACGCAAGGAGAAGGAACGCUCCACCGAGGUUCCAGACGUCACCCUGCUGAGAUGCGGCCUCGUCGAGCUCGUAGAGAAGGAAGGCGACGGCAAAGUCGACACCGAGCAGCUCUACAGCCACCUCGAGAAGAAGAUACCCUGGCUCCAGGGCGCGGAGGGCGCGGAGGCCCAGGCCAAACUCUGGUCAACUCUCACCUCCAGUUCUGUCUUCUCGUCAUCUGCGCCGCCUGGUACGGACGACUCAGCGCCGCAAGAACCCACUCCGCCUGCCCGUUUGCUCUGGAAAUACAACGCCCCCGCUGCGCCGGCAUCCAUGCCCAUCCUGCAGCCCCUCGAGAAGCUGCGUGAUACCCUCCCCAGCGAAUCAAAGGCGCUUCCACCCGCAACGGUCGCUCCAUUCGCCCCGUCGCCAUCUCCUGCCCAGCGCACGCUACAAGUUCUAUCGGAUUUCACCGGCUACAUCACGACGCAGACUUACGCUCUCGGGGUGGCAAGCUUCCGCCCGAAUAGCUCGGGCGCCGGUGCCAAUCCCGCAAAUGCACAAGAAGACGAGCUGCGCCGGGAGAUCCGGGUGCUCAAGGGGCUUGUGCUAAAUAGGCGUUCGUUCUUGCCUUCCAGACCACCUAGUGUACCAGUAGGCGUUUCCACACCUCCACUGAGCACGUAGAUAAUAUUGACUGGCCCCGAUUUCCUCCUGCUCAGGAAUGAGCAUCAUUUGCCUGUAGAGUAUGUGUCCA